AUUUACUGAGAAUUUUCACACAUUCAAUACAUUAUUAUCUUCGUAUUUCUGUGUUUACAUUUUAGUUUUGUUUCCACUACGUGCUACUUUUUUUGAAAUUUCUUUUUUAAUCAUAUUUACAAAGUAUUGCAGAAAAGUUAUAAAGUACAUUAAUGUUUGAAAAAGGAUAUGGAAGAUAAGCUUGAAGAAUAUAGAUUACGAAAAAGAAGACAAAAAGUUGUUGAAGGAUUUAAGGAAAGAAUUUUUAAAAUGAUAGCAUUUAGCACGUCACAAAAUAAUGAAAGUUCUAAAGACACAAAUGUUGAGAUAGAGGAAACCGCUAAACAAGACGAAAUCGAUAUUCAAUCAUUGUCAACAGACACUGAAAUAACAGAAUCAACAGAACCUGCUCCCCGUUCUUGGCUUACUUACUGUACCUGGCUCAUCUACUUUCUCAUUUGGGCAACACUUUUUGCCAUCGCAGUAGAACUUAAAUUUGGUUCAGUAUUUUUCAUCAUUUCACUUUUAAUUGGCAUCUGUAUCAACACACGAGUUAAACCAAAAGGUGUGAGAGAAGUCAGUGCUUACAGUGUUUUCAAUGAAAAUUGUGAAGCAAUCGAUGGAACGUUUAAGGCUGAAAUGUUUGAAAAACAAUUGGGAUUAAGGCGUUUAUAAAAAUUUUAUAAAAAAAAGUUCUCAAAGAAUUUUUGUGAUGUUUCGAAAAAAUCAAAUGAAAGAAUAAAUUUCGAAUGAUUUAAUUUCUUGUAUAAAUUUCCAAUUUUUUAUUUCAUGUUAUAAUAAUCUUAUUUUUAAUUAUAUGUUUUUAAAAGCAAAGUCUUUUAUCGAUAAGCCUCAGCUGAAACAAUUUCAUAUUCAAUUUAAUUUUAAGCGUUGC